CUGCGGGUCUGGGACCCCCAAUUUACAUGCCUUGGCCUCUAAAGCACCCUGCAAAACUAGUGUUCACGACUGACACUAGAAGAGAUCCUUGCACGAAGAGAGACAAGUGCUUUCAAGAGAUGAUGCAGAUGUACGCCCAUCAAACGUUCAGCUGGAACGAUAGUGACAUCCGUUACAAUUUCCUGAUUGGUGGAGACAACAACAUAUACGAAGGCAGAGGCUGGCACAACAGCCCUACAGUGACAGACAGAUACAAGAAACUGGAGCCUAUAAGCUUCAUGAUAGGGUUCUUUGGAAAGUAUCCAGAUGGAAAACCCCCACAGCAAAUGCUUGACCUGGCUGAAAAAGUGAUACAAUAUGGAAUAACGAAUCAGUACAUCAGUCCUAAAUUUCUACUCAUUCAAAUAUCAUCUAAAUACCAACUGUACGCUACUGGAAAAGAACCUUGGGGAAAAAAGAAACCUAAGUGAAA